UCAAUAGAAAACAUUUAUUUAACACAUUUUCGGUUCUUCCCCGCGUUACCCACGAAAGGAAGCUUCGAUUUCUAUAAAAGGGACAUAAUCUUCAAAGAUUACAGCAUUGGAUCUUCACUUACAUCAGACUGCACGAGAAUGAAAUACAGGGACAUGUUCGCUACAAUUAUGUGUGCGGCGUUAUUAAUGGUGGUUGUGUCGGCAGAGGAAGACAUACCGUACAUUACGAAUCGCUUCAGCUACGAAUAUAGUGUGAUAAGCAAGCUUGUUGAGCUGGAAAACGACAAAAAGGAACUUGGUGCAAGGAUAAAGGUUUUGACGAGCGAACUGAAUGACAGCAGACACGACUUUUCUCUUUUGAACGCAAGUUUCCAAGCCAUAAUACAAAGAGGACGUAUGUCAUCUGGAAGCACCUAUGUCCGAUGGGGAAAGAGCGACUGUCCGUCAAAUACAGGUACGCGCGCAAUAUACAAAGGGUAUGUGGCUGGCGGACAUUACACGCAUGCUGGUGGAGGCAGUGAAUAUAUUUGCCUUCCCGAUGACCCGAUACACGGCGAUGACAUAACUGGUGGAUCAAGAAGUUUAAUUUACGGAACUGAAUAUGAGACAAGCGGCUCGAGCAAAUGGGCGGACGUACACGAUCACGACGUACCUUGCGUGACCUGCUACACGCCGAGUUCAAAUGUCCUGAUGGUUCCCGGCAGAAAUCAAUGCUAUGAAGGAUGGAACCUUGAGUAUUCAGGGUACCUGAUGUCGAGCUAUUAUGGACAUGCAUCACCAAAAAACUAUUUAUGUGUGAAUGAAUACCCGGAAAACCUUGAUAGUGGUUUUGGUGACGAGAAUGGAGCAUUACUGUACUUUGUUGAAGCACGAUGCGGGUCACUUCCAUGUGAUCCGUAUAUUGACAAUGGCGAGCUCACAUGCGCUGUCUGCACGCUGCCACCAUAUUGAGAUGUCCGAAACACUCGCAACUCGCCUGAGCAAUUGACACAUAACAAACAGAUUCUAGUUUAAUAGCUAGCUACAAGGACAGCGUUAAACUAUCCCAAAUUCUUCUGUUGUUCUUAAGAAGCGAACGAUUUCAUUUAUAACAAUUGUUCAGUUAGACACAAAUGCAGCUUUAAAUUAUCAAUGUGAAACAUUUAUUUUCAUUUAUUUAAAAAAGAAAUGCUUAGUUAACUAUUAUACCAUGAACAAAACAAUUAACGUUCGUUUAUACGGAAAAUUUAACAACAAUAAAUUACUAACAUUU